GACGCAGGCCGCGACGCCCACCGGCCGCUUCUGCUCUGGGCGCAGGCGCGGCAGCGCAGCCGGAGAGCGGCGCGGGCUCGGAGGGGAGUGGACGCUGCUCGCGAGGAUGGUGCUGGAGAGCGUGGCCCGCAUCGUGAAGGUGCAGCUGCCCGCGUAUCUAAAGCGGCUCCCUGUCCCCGAGAGCAUUACCGGGUUCGCCCGGCUCACAGUUUCAGAAUGGCUUCGGUUAUUGCCUUUCCUUGGUGUACUUGCACUACUUGGCUACCUUGCAAUUCGUCCAUUCCUCCCGAAGAAAAAACAGCAGAAGGAUAGCUUGAUUAAUCUUAAAAUACAAAAGGAAAAUCCCAAAGUGGUGAAUGAAAUAAACAUUGAAGAUUUGUGUCUCGCUAAAGCAGCUUAUUGUAGGUGUUGGCGUUCUAAGACGUUUCCUGCCUGUGAUGGUUCACAUAAUAAACACAAUGAGUUGACAGGAGAUAAUGUGGGGCCACUAAUACUGAAGAAGAAAGAAGUAUAAUAGUAAUGAAUUAGGAUUGAAUUCAGUUGUGUGCUGUAAAAUCUUAAAAUAAUAUUUUUUCAUUCUUUGUGUAUAGAAGAUCUUUCAAAUGGUGGUCUUAAUUAUUACUACUCAUUGAGUAAUUAUUUCUGCCAAUUUAUUUUCUUGUUACACUACUGUUCAUAUUUGAUACUUUAUAUAUUCAAACAAUCGUUUAUAUAGAAAUUAAAUCGUACAACCCUUUCAUUCUUACUUCAGAGACUUAAUGUUAUUUUCCUAAAUAAAUCAACACUCUUGGUUUUAAUUAACUGAGAAAAAUUUAAGUUUUUGCCACUGUGUCCAAAGCUAUUCCUUUAAAUGUCAAUAUUUUUAAUAGACUCUACACUUAGAAAUUUUCUCUAUACACUAUUAAACAUAUUGUUUUUCAGUCCUCUUCUGUUUUGAGCUUUUGAAGUGAUUUUUUUUUUUGGACUGCCACACUGUUCUUUUUAGAUCAAUAAGAAACAUAUUGCUCUCAAGAAUUACUUGAGUUUUCAAAGAGAUAAGUGCUUUGCUUUAUAAAGAUUGUGUCUAGUAAGUGUGAAUAUCCCAAUUUCAGAAAAGACUUGAACUGGAUAUAGAAAGUUCCAAAAAGGAACAGUUAUUUACAUUAUAAAAAAUGUGUUUACUUUACAAAAGUCUUGUUUGUGUCUGUUUAGGUGUGUGUUUUGUGUAUGUAUCUUGAACUCUUCGACUGAAUGACAGGGUGGGUUGGGGUGGUAAGAAUACUUCUACUAAACUUAUGAGCUGCUGCCAUUUGAAGGUCAAUUAGAAAUAAAGUAUAUCUGAAUUCAUAUUAAAAUGAUAAACAGUUCAGUAUUCAAAAUGGUAUACAUUUUUCUCUUACAUAACAGUGUAAGCCAAUAAAACAUAAAAUACAGAAAGUUUGCCAAAUAA